AUGUCGUCCUUUUUUAAGAAAUUGAACAUCUUUAAUAGAACUUCUGCUCCAACUCAGCCUCAAUAUAAAUCAAACAAACCUCCAAAUACAGGGUUUAGACAACAGAGAUUAAAGUCAUGGCAACCUAUUCUAACACCCCAGAGUGUACUACCAAUAUUGAUAUUUUUUGCAUGCAUAUUUACACCUAUCGGGAUUGGUUUAGUAGCUAGCAGUAAUGGUGUACAAGAUUUUUCAAUCGAUUACAGUCAUUGCGAUACUAAAGCUACAGAUGAAUAUCAAGACAUUCCUCAUAAAUACGUAAGACACCAUUUUAAGGAGAAACUAUCUUAUCAACCUCAAUGGAGAGCAAUUGUGGAUGAUGAGGAGACAACAUGCCAGCUGCAAUUUGAAAUACCAAAUACCAUUAAAAAUCAUAUUUAUGUAUAUUAUAAAUUAACUAAUUUCUACCAAAAUCAUAGAAGAUACGUAGAAUCAUUCGACCAUAGACAACUUAAAGGGAAGGCCCUUAAAUACGAAGACCUCAGUAUACAUUGUAAACCGCUUAGAGGUGAAGGUGAAAAGGCAGUUUAUCCAUGUGGUCUUAUUGCAAAUUCAAUGUUUAAUGAUACGUUUGAUACCCAGUUAACUGGUGCAGAUGACAACACUGAUGAUUUUGAACUAACUAAUAAGCAUAUAUCUUGGUCAAUUGAUCGUCACCGUUACAAAAUGACGAAGUAUAAUGCGUCCGAUAUUGUUCCGCCACCCAAUUGGAGAAAGAAAUACCCUGACGGAUAUACUGAUGAUAAUAUUCCAAAUAUUCAUGAAUGGGAAGAAUUCCAAGUUUGGAUGCGUACAGCUCCCUUUCCAAAAUUUUACAAACUAGCUUUGAAAAAUGAAUCCGCUCAUUUACCAAAUGGGAAAUAUACAAUGGAUAUUGGUCUUAACUACCCUGUAUCUAUAUUUGGUGGCUCAAAAAGUUUUAUUAUAACAACCAAUGGUGUUACAGGAUCGAGAAACCUAUCGUUAGGGAUAACGUAUCUAAUAGUUGCAGGUUUGGCAGCAUUAUUUGGGGCUAUUUUCCUCAUUAAAAUGGUAUUUCAACCAAGAACUCUUGGGGAUCACAAUUAUUUGAAUUUCGAGAAUCCUGACAACGCUCAACAUGAUGAAGAAUAUGCCCACGAAGAGAUACCUCUCCGUGAUAUUUUAUAG